GAGGAAGGGGAGCUCAGGUGCCUGCCGGAGCUUGAGACCCGGCGCCCCCCACUCCCGGUAGGCUUCCACCCUCGCCAUGGCCGAACUGAUCCAAAAGAAGCUGCAAGGCGAAGUGGAGAAAUACCAACAGCUGCAGAAAGACUUGAGUAAAUCCAUGUCAGGGAGGCAGAAGCUUGAGGCGCAACUAACAGAAAACAAUAUCGUCAAAGAGGAACUGGCCUUGCUGGAUGGAUCCAACGUGGUCUUCAAACUUCUGGGUCCCGUGCUCGUCAAACAGGAGCUGGGGGAGGCUCGAGCCACAGUGGGGAAGAGGCUAGACUACAUCACAGCUGAGAUUAAACGAUAUGAAUCCCAGCUUCGGGACCUUGAGAAGCAGUCAGAGCAACAGAGGGAAACCCUGGCUCAGCUGCAGCAGGAGUUCCAGCGGGCCCAGGCAGCAAAGGCAGGGGCUCCUGGGAAGGCCUGACCCCAUGGGGGUGGGGGGUGAGGCAGCUCUAGGGUCUAUACUAUAGUAGUUAAUAAAAUGUAAAAAAAGAAAAACCCAA